UUUGUCCAAAAUUCGCAGGUUGUCCUUUUUUUCCUUGUACAUAUGUGCACAAUCUUCUCCCACAAUCUCGCUCUUCAGGUUCAAAAAUAAAUUAUUUUCUACAUCUCACGGAUUUCGCUAUCUGCUAGUGGGAAGAGUCCACUCCACUGUUCAUCAAUGAAUGUUUCCACAUAAAAUCAAAAUCUUCCCAAGAGCCUUUUUAUGCUUUAAAACCUACAUUGAUUCCAUCAUCAACGCAUGAUUUAUGAAUGAUUUUGUUAACAUGUUGUGGGCCUUUGGUUCUUUGCGGGUUUUCAUCUCCAAUUAUGUUCUCUAUUCAUUUGGAUUGAUACUCAGAUACAUCUUCAGGUUUCUUCAAUUAGGUGAUGCAUCAAACGAGCUCACUGUUCCGACACAACUACAAGCUGAUGGAACCGAGAGGAACCAGUUUCAUGAUUCUAAGAUUGAUGGGUUCGGAGAAGAGCUGGCUAAUUUCCUAUUUUGGAGUGAAGAAAGAGAAGAAACAGAGAGCUCUGUUACGAAGGAGAUUGAGUCUAACAUUCAUGAAGAUAGUACGGAUAGAGGAACAGAAGAAGAUGGAUCUGUUUUAAUGGAGAGUGACUCUGUUGAAUAUCUUAUUCAUGAAGAUGGUAAGGAAAGUGAAGGAGAAACAGAGGGGUUUGUUUCCAUGGAAACUGACUCUAAUGUUCAUGAAGAUGGUAAGAUAAUAGAGGAAAAUGAAACAGAGAGCUCUGUUUUCAAGGAUGAGAAGUCUAAUUAUGUUCAUCAUGAUAGUAAGGAGAGAGAAGAAGAAGAAAAGGAAGAAGAAGAAGAAAAAGAGGGUUCAGUUUUUGUGGAAACUGAAUCAGUAACAAACACUAAUAAGUGUCAGUACUUGAUAGGAAAAGAUAUCAGUGGGUUCAUAGAAGAACCAACAACAUUGAGGUUCAGUUUUCGAGAUUUUUAUAUGAGUCCAGAUGUUUCACAUGUUUCUGAUAAUUCAUAUGCCGACGACACUGAAAUUAUUGCCGACAAGGAAAUUUCAGUGCUUGAUUCGGAGAAAUACCCUGUAGCUGGAGAAGAAAGAGAGGAAUUUGUUCUAGAAGAUGUUACUAUGCCUUCUAGCGAUAUUCCAUUUCGCUUUGAGAGUGAGGCGUUUGGUGGAACUGAUUCAUCUGAUGAAGAUUAUUUUCUUUUCAAUGAAAAUUCAGUGACAUCUGAUUCAGAGUCAGAAUCAUCUUGCUCAAGUGGUCUAAUCUGGGGAAACAGUAACAAAAUCGAUGAUUCAAUUACAUAUCAGUUUCUGGGUGGUAAAAGUGGCGGUGAAGGAUUUGAAUCUGAGAUUUUGAAGCUGAUGAUGAGAGAGGAAAGAACAGAAGAUGUGGAGGAAAAACAAUCUUCGUGUGAUAGAAAAGUUUCAGAAUUUAAAGUUCAUGGCAUUUAUUCUGAAGAUGGGUAUAUAGAAAUGGAACCGGGCAUGAAGGAUUUGAAGUUUUUGAAUGUGCAUGGUUUUGGUGGUAUAGACUCUAUCAAACCUGUGGUCAAAGAUCAAAAAGAAGGUUCACACCAUGAAGAAGAGGAAUUGAGUGUAUUAGAGUCUGAUGAGCAAGAUGAGGAUGACUUUGAAUGGGAGCAUGAUGAUUUAGUAGAACAGUUGAAAUUGGAAUUGAAAAAUGCAAGGCAAGGAGGACUUGCCACAAUUUUAGAAGAAGAAGAAGAGGAGGAGGAGGAAGAGGAGGAGCAAACAGAGCCCACAAAAGUAGCUGAAGAUCUAAAGCCACUGAAAAUUGAAGAGAAGCUCGAGUACAAAGAUCAUAUUGAUGAAAUUGAAAAGGUUUACAAGAGCUAUGCAGAGAAAAUGCGGAAACUUGAUAUCAUGAAUUACCAGAUCAUGCAUGCAUUAGGUCUUCUUCAACUUAAAGACCCUCUUAAGUUAAUUUCAAUACCAAAACCCACCAUCUCAGGUGCUAAGCCUGUAAUCUCUCAGAAUUUGUGGUCACGCAAAGCUUCAAAGAACACAUCUAACCCACUACUAAAGCUUGUUCAUGAACUGCAUAGAGAUUUGGAAUUGGUAUAUGUUGGGCAGGUUUGCCUCUCAUGGGAAAUCCUAUGUUGGCAACACAAGAAAGCUCAUGAGUUACAACAAUAUGAUUCACAAGGGUCUCAUAGGUAUAACCUUGUUGCUGAUGAGUUUCAACUUUUUCAAGUCUUAGUGCAGAGAUUCAUAGAGAAUGAGCCAUUUCAAGGCCCCAGGAUUCAGAACUAUGUCAAGAACCGAUGUGUGAUUCGCAACCUGCUCCAAGUUCCAGCCAUUAAAGAUGAUGGUAAAGGGGAUGAGGAGCACCCUAUUGCAAGCGGAAUGUUAGCAGACAUCAUCAAGGAAUCAAUGAGGGUGUUCUGGGAAUUUGUUAAAGCAGAUAAAGAUUAUGGGAAUGUGAUCCUUAAAGUUUCUCAUCAAAUUGGAACUGGUCUCAAAGACCCUGAAGUUUCAGGUCUUCUAGUAGACAUUAGAACACAACUACAGAAGAAGGAGAGAAAGCUCAAGGACAUAGUGAGAACUGGGAAUUGCAUAGUAAAGAAGUUCCAAAAGCACCAUGAGGAUCCACUUGAUCAUGAACAGUUGGUAGCUCAGGUUGGGUUGAGAUUGAUUUCAAGGGUGGUAAACAUGUCAAAAUUGAGAAAAGAACAGCUAAUAUGGUGUCAUGAAAAGUUACACAGAAUCAAAUUUUUGAGCAGGAAAAUCGUCCAGGUGGAACCUUCUUUUUUGCUCUUUCCAUGUUGACUCAUCCACGGGCAUUUCUUCUCAUAUGUAGAGAUACAUUUUCACAGAAAAUGAUAUACUAGCUUAAAUAGAAAUUGGACUGAUGGCACAAAAAUUCUCACUGUAUAUAUAUAAUCUAUGUAUAAGCUUCUUGCUAAUACAUCAUGGUUGUCUAAUAAAUUGUAAGCUUAUGCAAAGUUUUGGUGUCAAAUUUGU